GAUGGUUAUGUCUAUGAUUAGAAGAAUGUUUUUAUACAAAUUUUAUUAAAAAUGUAGCAUAUAUUUUCUUCUUACUACACCUGGAUUAUUUGUGUUAGCGAACUACUUUGGUUAUACAAGCCAUAGGAGCUGGAGUUAGGAAUUCAAUACCAACCACAUUUACUGGUGUCACUGUCGAGUACAAUAGUCUCUAAUAUUGUGUACAAUUAUGUCGAUUUACAGAUAUUUAUUACAUAUUGCUUAUAUAGGAAAACCAUUUAGAGGCGCACAGAGGCAGGUUAAAGGUACUUUUCCAAGGGCAGAUGACCCACUGACUGUUCAAGGAAGAUUAGAAAUGGCUUUGAAGCGAUUAAAGCCAUCAAACGAACCAAUUGUAAAUAUGUCGAGCAGGACAGAUUCGGGAGUACACGCUAUUAACGGGACAUGCCAUGUAGACUUGCUUAGAAAAAAUGAAACGGUAUAUGAGCCUCGAUCCAUAACACUUUGUUUAAACAGAUACUUUAAGAAACAAGAGGUGCCUAUCAGAAUAAUAAAAACUCAUAUUGUACCCCAAACUUUCCAUAGCAGACAUAACGCUAUAUCUAGAACGUACUUGUACAGGAUGGUUAUAGCUAAAGCUGAUAGUAUGAACGUAGCUCCCAAUCUUCACUAUAUUCCUAUAGAAGAGUGGGACCGAUGUUUAUUUUUCUGUACAAAUACAUUUGAUCUUGACCGUAUGAAGGAAGCCGCAAAGCUAUUAGAAGGCUACCACGAUUUUAGAACUUUUAUGGGCAAAAAUUCUGGAAGUGAUGAAAAGUGUACGAGAAAAGUCAUGGAUUACAUCAAAGUUAAGACUGUAGAUAAAACCGGUUACAGCAAUGUGUACAGUUGGCCUUCUUUCAUUCACAAUGACGUGGACGAUUAUUUGUUUGUAGAUGUUUACUUGAAAUCGAAGAGUUUUCUGUACAGACAGAAUUCGUUGGACCUCACCAUUUAACCCUUCAAAUUUGAGUGAACUCCAAAAUGUGUGCCAUUGACUACCUUAUCUAAUUAAAACUUGAUAAAUGUAAUCUUUGUUGUUAUUAUGAAUGAAUUACCAGAAUGACUAAAAUAAUGAUGAAGCUAAACAAAUGAUAGUGAACAAUAAAUAUCAACUGGUAACUAUGCACAAAUUAAAAGCAAUGGUUAAUAAUGACAAUAAUCUUUUAUAUAAAAUUGCAUAAGAUGGUUUUGUUUUUAUAAAUAAACCCAAAACGCUCGUAGUUUUGGUUCAAUAUUGUUUA